AGCGGAGGAGAACCCACAGUGUGAACGGACAGUUCCUGAGCGAGCUCUCGGUUGCUGCUCCAGUCUUCGCUCUCGCUCCCCUCUGCAGCUGUCUUCUUUCUUUUACUACCUCACAGAAAUGUCGGAGAACCGAGUGUUCAACUUCGCCGCCGGUCCGGCGACCCUCCCCCUGAACGUCCUUCAAAAGGCACAGGCGGAUCUCGUCAACUGGGGAGGAUGCGGGAUAAGCAUCAUGGAGAUGAGCCACCGGAGCAAGGAGUUCCUCUCCGUUAUCCAGAAGGCGGAGGCCGACCUCAGGCAGCUCCUGAGCAUCCCCACCGACUACGAGGUCCUCUUCCUCCAGGGCGGCGCCACCACCCAGUUCGCCGCUAUCCCUCUCAAUCUCUGCAAACCUGAGGAUACUGUCGAUUACGUGGUUACCGGAUCGUGGGGAGACAAGGCCUUCAAGGAAGCACAAAAGUUCUGCAAACCCAACCUUGCGUGGUCGGGGAAAUCAGAGAAGUUCACCAAAAUCCCUGAUUUCGGCGAGAUCAAGCAAGACCCAAAUGCCAACUACCUUCACAUCUGCGCCAACGAGACCAUCCAUGGCGUCGAAUUCAAGGAUUACCCGACGCCUAUCGGCAAAGACACCGUUCUUGUGGCCGAUAUGUCGUCUAAUUUUUGCUCGAAGCCGGUGGAUGUAUCGAAAUUUGGGCUGAUCUACGCCGGGGCGCAGAAGAACGUCGGCCCCUCUGGCGUGACAAUCGUCAUCGUUCGGAAGGAUCUCCUCGGCAACGCCCAGCCGGUGACUCCCGUGAUGCUCGACUACAAGAUCCACGCGGACAACAAGUCUCUGUACAACACUCCCCCCUGCUUCCCCAUCUACAUGUGCGGGCUGGUUUUCGAAGAUCUGCUGAACCAGGGAGGAUUGGAGGAGAUUGAGAGGAAGAACGCGGAGAAGGCGAGGAUCCUCUACGAAACGAUCGAUGAGAGCGGCGGCUUCUACCGAUGCCCCGUCGAAAAGUCGGUGCGAUCUCACAUGAACGUUCCCUUCACGCUCGAGAAGUCUGAGCUCGAGGCCGAAUUUAUCAAGGAGGCAGCUGCGCAAGGGAUGGUGCAGCUGAAGGGACACAGAUCCGUUGGUGGCAUGCGCGCUUCGAUCUAUAACGCAAUGCCGUUGGAAGGAAUCCAGAAAUUGGUUGCUUUUAUGAAAGGUUUUCAGGCCAAGCAUGCUUGAAUGCUACGGUAGGGCUUGAUCCGUCUUCUUCUGUUUUUUGCCGACGGGAGGAGAUUAAAAGGUGAUUAAAUAUCUUAUUUAAUCCCUAAGGUGGUUUGAGUGUCUUGUUUCUUCCUUGUCUGUAUCUCCCUUAUCUCUUCGAGUAGUUUGUGAACAGAGUAAGAGUGAUGAAAUAAAUUUCCGUGUUUGCUUUUGCCA